CAUUUUCGUAAAUUCAUGCACUUAAACGACACAAUUAAUAAACGUCCUCAUUUGACAUUUCCCCGCUCACCGCAUCACCCACAAACCCGGAUUCCCGUCCAGAUGAAGACACCGCUGCUGCCGGAGCUCCACUCGUCGGCGACCGGCGGCGCGUCGGUGCCCGGAGCUGUGUUUAAUAUAGCAACAAGCAUAAUCGGAGCUGGAAUCAUGUCGAUCCCAGCCACGAUGCGUGUCCUUGGCGUCAUCCCUGCCCUCCUCGUCAUCGCCGCCGUCGCCUUCCUAUCGGACUCCUCCGUUGAGUUCCUCACCCGAUACAUCGGCAUCAGCACUGGAUCUGACUCCUCCAUCUCCUACGCGGGCGUGAUGCGGGAAUCGUUCGGCCGAUUGGGAUCGAUCCUUCUCCAGCUGUGCGUGGCUCUCACCAACGCCGGUGCCCUCAUCAUGUAUCUCAUCAUAAUCGGGGAUGUGAUGGCGGAGAGCUCGGCGGAGGGGGUGGUGCAUCUGGGAGUGCUGCAAGAGUGGUUCGGCCGGCACUGGUGGAGCUCCCGUGAGGUUGUGCUUUUCAUCAUCACUUUCGGUAUCAUGGGUCCUCUCUCGCUGUUCCGGCGUGUCGGCUCGUUAAGGUUCAGUUCUGCUAUAUCAGUGCUCCUUGCGGUGGUUUUCAUGUGCAUAAGCUCCGCUCUGGCUAUCUAUUCUCUAUUUCAAGGGACAGCACAGACCCCGAGACUGCUACCGGAUUUUUCUAAUCAAUCCUUCUUUGAGCUUUUCACUGCCAUUCCAGUCAUUGUGGUAGCUUUCACCUUCCAUUUCAAUGUCCAUCCCAUUAGAGCAGAGCUUGACAAAUCCUCAGACAUGACUAUGGCCGUGCGCAUCUCCCUGUUACUUUGCUCAGUGAUAUAUGCAACUGUAGGCCUUUUCGGCUAUCUACUCUUCGGUGAAUCAACAAUGGCUGAUAUACUCUCCAACUUUGAUCGGGGCUCUGGUUCUGCAAUCAGUCCAGUUCUCAACGACAUUGUCCGCUUGAGCUAUGCUCUUCAUUUGAUGCUUGUGUAUCCCCUGGUGAAUUACUCCUUGAGGAUCAGCAUAGAUGAGCUCUUCUUCCCAAAAGCUCGGCCAUUGACCUCAGACAAAGCUCGGUUUGUUUCCCUUACAGUUAUCUUAUUGGGAGCUUUAUACCUUGCAGCCAUUGCCAUCCCCAGCAUAUGGACGUUGUUUCAGUUCUCUGGGUCUACCACUGCUGUCUGCUUAUCCUUGAUCUUCCCUGCUGCUAUUGCUCUCAGGGACAUUCAUGGGAUGUCAAAGAGGAGGGACAAAAUCUUAGCAGCAAUCAUGAUUGUUUUGGCUGUCGUUACCAGCUCCAUUGCUAUUGUUUCCAAUGUUCUUACUGUUGUUGCUGGUGUGUGAGACUAAAAUCAAAUGAGUAACAGAUUGAAGUCACACUGUCAGAUUCAACUCGGACAUGAUUGCGUGCUAAUUAAUCCUUAAUUAUAGAUUAUUUUUUUUUGUAUGAGCUUCCCUUUUGUUAUCAGGGAAAGCAUUAAUGUAUUGAGUUGUGUCCAUUAUUUACUUGGAAAUGAGUAACGAUAUUGUGAGAGUUGCGUGAUACUAGGGAGUGAAGAAAUCAGAGAUCUGCCUACCUGCAAUAUAUUUCAAUUUAGCAGUUUUUGGAA